AACAAACCUGAAAGAACAGGUUUGAAGCUGGAAAACACUGAUUUACCAAAUAGUGUCUCACACUACAUGUGGUUACAGAACAUAAACCAAACAUGCAUCCAAAACUAAAGUCAGCAAAAACAACAGCACAAUGAAAAAAUAGAAAAAGAAAAGACUAGAGCAAAACAAUAAGUAAAACAAAGAAAAUAACGGUAAAGCAAAACAGUUUAGAAAAUGACCGUAAAGCAACACAAUGAAGUAAAACAAAACAAGAAACCGAUCAAGCAAAACAGGAGCGGAGUCACAUGAAGCGUCUUCAGCUAGGGAUUGGCCUUAGAGAAGAUUUAGAUGCUCAAUUCACCGCUCUCACCUUAACACAAAGAUCAGAGUCAAACUAAAUCUACCAAGUCCCAAUGUCAAAAGGGAGAGGUGUACUUACCAUUGGGCUGAACAAACACCAGACAGGAAGUGGUAUGAUUACUCACAUGUACCGCAGCUCGACAUACAUAUCCGGUUCCGGUGACAGGGUACGCUGGCGUGUUUUGCUGCCGCUCCUGUUACCGUUUGGUUUGUUUUUGUUUGUUAUUUUAAGUCAUAUUUUUUUAAAUAACUGCAAGUUUUUUAAGUUAUAUUGUUUUUAGUGGAAGUGGAAGACUAUCGAUCAGACAGCUUUCUCCAAUUCCGUUGUUUCCACCGUAAGCGAUCUACAUCCCUCAUUGCUGGAGGAGAAAGUUCUACAGUUAAAUUCUGCUCUUGCUGCUAAUCUUGACACUGUUGCUCCUCUAAGGUCACGUAAGGUCACAUUCGCCCGCUCUGCUCCCUGGUAUAAUGACAAUCUGCGCUCUAGAAAGGCUGCUUGUCGGAAAAUGGAGCGUAAAUGGCGCCUUACUGGACUGAAUGUCUACUAUCAAGCGUGGAAGGAUGUUCUGGGGGAUUAUCGAGCACUAAUAGAGACCGAAAGAUCCUCUUACUUCUCUCAGGAUAUUGUAAAUAAUCAAAAUAAUCCCAGACACUUGUUACAAACCAUAAUCAGAUUGCUUCAAGUUAAUGUUGUUACCACUUUGCCUAUUUCUCAGCAGCUUUGUGAUUCUUUUCUUUGGUUUUUUUAAUUCUAAGAUUGCUAAUGUUCGCAAAGAACUUUCUGUCACACCUGACUCGGCCUCUUGGUUUUUUAAUUCUAAGAUUGCUAAUGUUCGCAAAGAACUUUCUGUCACACCUGACUCUGCCUCUUCACUCCUUCGUCCAUCUAGGUUCACUGGUGUUUCUUUCACUCAUUUCUCACUGCUUGAUUCUGAGCCUCUCACAAGGGAGCAAUCCAGCAUGAAAUCAACCACUUGCUUGCUGGAUCCAAUUUCCACGAACCUAUUUAAAUCAUGCUUCGAUGUUUGACUUUAAAAUUAUUUACCUUACGUUAUAUAAAUAUAACUGACACUACUUUAGAUAAAACAAUCGUAACGUUGCGCUGUCGCUAAAUUUGAUCUGUUUUUUUUUUUUUUUUUUUUUUUUUUUUUUAACAUCCGCGACUAGCUUGUAGCCCGUAGCCCGCUAGCAUCACCUACCGCUAGCCUUGUUUAUGUUUCACAUUUCUCACUUACCGCUGUUCUGUUUAAAAAAAACAAACAAACAUGUCUGCUGUCUCUCCGGUUUUGAGUGCAGAUGAGGACUUGCUCGAGCUUCACAUGGUGCGGCUGGAACUGGAGGAUGUGGAGAAGCAGAUCCGCGGCCUACUCGACAAGCAGGCCCAGCUGCUGGAGCGACAAACUGCGCUGGAAACAUCUUGUGCCUCUGCCCACAUAUCCAAGGUAAGCACACAGCGUGGUAUUUCCACUCCCAGCCCCUCUACGCCGUGUGUUUCUUUGUGCAAGGACCGUGCACCUAGGACUUUCCCAGCCGUGGUCUCCGUCACGCCGGCGCCAACACACCUCGGGCCUUGGGUGAACCAGCGGCGGAAGGCGCGGGCUGGACCCUCUCCACCUCCGGUGUUCGAGAUUCCAACCAGGAACCGCUUCGCCCCUCUCCGCCAGACCAGACCCAACGCUGUGAUCGUCAGGGACUCCAUUGUGCGGAACGUCCGUGUAGCCUCAUCUAAAGGUAAGGUGCGCACACACUGUUUUUCUGGUGCUUGUGUCCUUGAUGUCGCUGCACAGGUAUCCGGGAUCCUGAAGAAGGACGAGCGCAUUGGAGCGGUUGUGCUGCACGCGGGGACGAACGACACCAGGCUGCGGCAGACGGAGGUUCUGAAGAGGGACUUCUCCAGCCUGAUCGAGACGGUACGAGACAGAUCACCCACCGCGAAGAUCAUCGUCUCUGGACCUCUUCCCACAUACAGACGUGGAGCAGAAAAGUUGUUUCGUCCUGAUGGCCUGCACCCCAGCAGCCUUGGAGCGGAACUGCUAUCAGACAACAUUUCCAAGGCGCUACACUCCAAGUGACUGCCUAGCCCCCACAUGAAUUUAUGGAGAUACUAGAGAUCCAGAUCCUUUCUGCCUCUGGAUGGAGCUCAAAUCUUCUCUAAUUCCAGACUGCUGGGACUACGGCUGCUCCUAAGGCCAUACAGACUUCAUAUAAAUCCAUAAUGAACUUUUUCACACUAUCUGUUGUUACCCAGAUGAGGAUGGGUUCCCUUCUGAGUCGGGUUCCUCUCAAGGUUUCUUCCUCUUAAAACAUCUUAGGGAGUUUUUCCUUGCCACCGUCGCCACUCAGUGGCUUGCUCAGUUGGGAUAAAUUCGCACCUUUAAUAUCUGUAUACCGUGUUGAUAUUUCUGUAAAGCUGCUUUGAGACAAUGUCUAUUGUAAAAAGCGCUAUACAAAUAAAAUUGAAUUGAAUUGAAUUGAAUUUGGUGCCCUGCUAUCCUCAGCAUUAUAAAUGAAUCACUGGAGACUGGGGUCAUUCCAGCAGUACUAAAGACUGCUGCUGUUACACCUGUACCAAAGAAAGAAAAUGUUUCCGUGGAUGAUUUUAACAAUUUUCGUCCCAUCUCAAAUCGUCUGUUUUUGGCAAAAAUGCUUUAGCGUGUUGUUGCCUCUCAACUAUGUAAUCAUCUUACAAUUAAUAACCUCUUUGAACCCCUUCAGUCAGGUUUUCAUAAAUUUCACAGCACUGAAACGGCGUUGGUCAAAGUCACCAAUGACUUGUUGAUGGCCUCUGAUUCCGGAGCUACUUCCAUUCGUAUUCUUCUUGAUCUUAGAGCUGCCUUCGAUACUGUG